AUGAGUGAUGGACGGAAGAGGCUUAGCGGUGCGGAGUACAAGAAACGGGCGAAGAAGAAACUCGAAAAACAAGAACGUGUAUUGAAACAAACCAAAAGGCUAGAUUUGUUCUUUAAGACGCCAGGAGAACAAGAGAUUGCACCAGUACUUGAAGGACCUGCACUUGACGAUUCCGUUGACGAGACGGCCGGCCAGCUGGACGACAAUGUUUCAGCUGGGCCAAGCUGCUCAAAUCCACCAGCUAAUCUAGCAAGUUUAAACGAAGACAUCAUCAUACCUCACGAGAUCGCCACUGAAAGCCUUUCGUUGGAGCUGCUGUCACCCUGCUGUUCCAGCGAAGAUCCAGCUUUCUGGGUUUUGAAUGAUGCAACUCGAGAUUCAAUCGCAAAAAGUGGGUUCAAACAAAAUAUCGACCUGGAUUUCUCAAACAGCGUCAGAGAAUACAAGGAUCAAAAACGAUAUUUAUCCAAAUCUCUGUUUCAACGAACAUUGAAAAAUGGAGAGGUUCAGGACAGAAAGUGGAUGGUAUUCUCAAAAAGCAAGGGUUCUGUUUAUUGUGGCCCUUGUUUGGCAUUCAAUUUCAAAGAGAAAUCCCAGUUUGAUUGUAAAGACGGAUUCAACGACUGGAAAAAUGGUGAAAGUCGGGCCAGUCAUCACGAAAACUCACCAAUUCACAAGUCGGCAAUCAUUACUCUAAAAUCACGAGAAAUUGCUCUGAAACGUGUUGGCAGUAUGUUAACUGAGCAGCUAGACAAAGAAACCAAUUAUUGGAAAAAGGUUUUGGCCAGGGUUAUAGCGGCCAUUAAGGCCUUGACAUCAAGAGGCCUUGCAUUAAGAGGCGAUGAUGAAAAUCUUUGGAUCAAACAGAAAUGGAAAUUUUCUUACGGCUUUAGAGCUUAUCUCCAAAUUCGACCCUUUUUUAGCUACUCACAUUGA